CGUUUGAUCAUUUUGAGUUUCAGCUUGGUCUGACCAAGAUGACGACACAAUAUUUGAUUCUUUCGUCAUUAGGACUGUUUGCGGCGUUGAGCUGUGUAUCUUCACUAUCUCCUAUUAUUCCGCCUCCCAAUAUUAGUCAUGUCGUGGCACCAAAAAGUGUAGCGCCGGGAGAAACAUUUGUUGCGUACGUUCACGUAGAGGACAUUCUUUGGAAGGCAAAACAGUCGGUGUCUGUACACGUGACACGUUCUACUGGCAGCUCGCUUGCUUCAAGCAAGGAAAGAAUAGUAAUCCCAGGUUCAUUCAAUGCAUUUUUACUGACGAUUCCUAAAGAUGCUGAUCCAGCUGAAGGUCCGUACAGCAUCGACGUCAAGAUGACAACGCAUAUGCAAACGCUGGUGACCAGAAGUCUACCACUUACAAUAUCUGGCAAGAACAGAAUCAUCCUCAUUCAGACAGACAAACCUAUUUAUAAACCAGGAGAAACGGUUAUGGGAAGAGUGAUUGUUCUUGACCGUGAGACGAGGUCUGUGACAGGAGGAGUUACUGUCACCAUAGAGAAUCCUAAAUCAUAUACCAUUGGUCGUUAUUCCAACAUUGACUUAGAAUUUGGUGUUGGCAAAUUUGAGUUUCCAUUGUCUUCUGAACCCGUCCUUGGAACACACACGUUAUGUGCUACAUACGAGGGUUUGCCCAAAAACCAACGUUCUUGCUUUAAUUUUGAAGUUAAACGUUAUGUUUUGCCCAGAUUUUCCUGUUUGGUGACACUCACUGAUGAUGUCAUCGAUUGUGUCACAAGAAAAGUUUGCUUCACUGUGUCAGCAACCUAUACUUACGGUCAGAAAGUUAGAGGAAAUUUGAAAGCACGACUGACUCCUAAUUAUAGAUGGUUACGAUGUCCUCUAGAAGAAGCCGUUACAAUGCGCAAGAUCGAUGGAAAAACUGAAGUGUGUAUGAAAUUCUGUACACGUGGCUGUGGAGGAAAGCUAGACAUUGAUGUCAACGUGACCGAUCCGCAGUCUCAAACAACCGUCCAAUGCGACGGACCGACAAGCAUCACAAGAAGCUACAGACCGAACAAACUGACUUUUAUCCAAGAAGACAAAACAUUCAGCCAGUGCCACUACACCACAGUAAAAGUUGCAGCGUCAAGUUUGACGGGAAUUCCAAAGUAUGCAAAUGUAAGCCUGACGGGUACGAUAUACACGAUGGGCAAAAGCGGAUGUCAAAAAAAGAAGUAUCAAUCGCUGACAGAUAUUUAUCAACAGACUGAUAGAAGUGGAGUAGCAACAUUUAAUGUUUGUACUCCAUGCAACGCCCUGUCUAUUCGUUUUACCGCUUCUGCAGUCCAGGAAACAGGAGAAAGAAAUCGUUUUGCUAAUGCAUACACUUCUCUAAAUAUGAUCUACGCUCCUGAACGAAUAGUGUUGUCUAGCAACCAAAAGCGAGUAGAGGUCGGUAAUGAAGUAACUGUUUAUGCAUCUUUUUCUAGCAAAGCAGUUGCAGAUUAUUAUAUUGUUAACAAAGGUAAAAUUGUCAAUCAUGGUCAGUGCUUACCUGCAGGAGAUGAGAAUGUCAGAAGCAAACAUCAACAGUUGUGUGAAGACGGAGGCAUUAAGAGAACUUGUUCAUUCUCAUUUGUUGUGACGUCAUCAAUGGCUCCCAAAGUUUCUGUUAUUGUCAGUCAGAAGAAUCAAGCAGCUUCACGCAUCGCAUUUGAUGUAAUUGCGAAUACCAGAUCACAGAUGUCUCUGGAAUUCCAAGAAGAAGAAGUGAGACCUGGCGAGAAAGCCCAUUUACUAAUACAAGCCGCUGUCUCGUCAUACGUGGGCGUAGUAGCAGUCGAUCAAAGCGUUUACCUUCAGCAAGACAAGAACCAACUCACAACUGCUAAGUUGUAUGAUGAGAUUAGACAGUUUGAUGAGCACAAGCCACUGGCCAUCAAGAGAUACGUUUGUGACUGGUCUGCAUACUGGAACUGUAAUUGUGACUGCUAUGGAUAUCCAAAAGGAGGAAACCCACCUCUUCCACAGCCGAGACCUCUCCCUGCAGUAACCGAAAAUGGUCCUCCUGGAGUCAAAGGAGACGUAGGAAGACAGCAACCACGCAUUAUCAGGCCUGGUAAAUGCUGUGCACGACGUUGCUAUGAUGUCAGUUACUAUCCUCGGUAUUGUUCUUACGUCAAAGCAAGCAGCUACUUUACCGCUUCUGGAAUUAGUGUGUCUGACAGUGACACGACGUCUCCGACUGAAUGCUCGAAACCACCACCUCCACCCAAACCUGAAAUUACAUACGACUGUUGUUAUCAAUUUACACCUUGGCGGGCAAGAACCAGCGGUGGUCCACUUGCUCUAGCUGAUCGAUUUUUAGCUGUACCGUUAGCAGCUCCAGUUGAAAAGCAACGUCAAGGUCCAGCAGGCUUGACAGAUGAAUCAAUUGAUUCACCGAACGUUGCCAAUCUUGUGAAUCCAACUCGUGUACGAAAAUUCUUUCCCGAGACGUGGCUUUGGUUUGAGAUGGAGAUGAAUAAUCAUACAGAGACAAAGGAAGUUACUGUGCCUGAUACGAUUACGUCUUGGGUUGCGGAUGCUUUCUCUGUUUCACAAUCAACGCACAUGUCAAUAGCAAGACCGACAACUUUAAGAGUAUUCAAACCUUUUUUUAUCACUCUCAAUCUGCCCUAUUCGGUGAUAAGAGGAGAGCUAGUAGAGAUCACUCUCACCGUUUACAACUACUUGGAAAUACCACUAACAGCAAAUGUCGAGGUCCUAGUCGACAGUAAUGAUCUACGAAUAGUGCACGGAAAGGGAGACAAGACAGAGCUAAACCAGACUGUUAGAACGGUGACUGUUCCUGCAAGUGCAGGUAACUCUCUAUCGUAUUACCUCCUACCUCUCAAGAACGGCCACUUGCCGAUAAAAGCCACAGCCAAAUCGACAUCCGCUGCAGAUAGCCUGAUACGAAAUCUGUUUGUCGAACCUGAAGGAGUGAAAGAAGAGUAUGGCCAAUCAGCCCUUUUGUGUAUUGAAGAUACUUCUACUCCCACCACCGAUCUCGACGACGCGUCUGAUGACGAUCUCAAGUGCAUUACCAAACGCUUCAAUGCAUCUCUCCCACCAGACUAUGUUCCCGACUCAGAAAGCGCAGAAUUUUCAGUAACAGCGAAUUACAUGGGACCAACUAUUAGCGGUCUCGAAAGUCUUUUGAGGUUGCCAACGGGCUGUGGUGAGCAGAACAUGCUCAACUUUGCCCCCGCCGUCUACAUUGCUCGCUACCUCGACACAAUCGGAAAGCUUGACGCUGCAACGCGCAAGAAGGCUCUCCACUACAUGCAAACAGGCUACCAGAGAGAGUUGACGUAUCAGCGUCAGGAUGGAUCAUACAGCGCAUUCGGAGAUCGUGAUCGUUGUGGAAGCAUGUGGUUGACCGCGUUUGUAUUGAGAUCGUUUGGUCAAGCGGACGGUCUCAUUGGAAUGUCUAUCGAUAACAAAGUGCAGGAAGAAGCAAUCGACUUCAUCAUAUCGAAACAGAACGACGACGGUUCGUUUCCGCCGGUGUGCGGUCCAAUACACAAGGAGAUGCAAGGAUGCAGUGGUGGUGGUUGUUCUCUGACAGCCUACGUCACACUGGCGCUUCUUGAGGCUGGACUACAACCAAAUGAUAAAGCAUUAACGGCGGCUCUGAGCUACUUGACAAACAACUGCAUACCGUCCAACUGCAGUAGCCCGUAUAAUCUGGCUUUAGUCGCUUACACGUUGACAAAAGUCUCAGGAUACGAGACGAACGCAGACGCAGCUCUCGAUUCGUUAAGAAAUUGUGCCAAAACCGAUGGCGACCACGCUUACUGGCAAUACACACUUUCUCCACCUUGUGAGAACACGUGGGCGUGGUCCUAUUAUUGCCGAUCGAGCUCUUGUGACGUGGAGACGAGCGCCUAUGCGUUACUGGCGUUUUCGAACAGAGGAAACAUUGCGUAUAGCUUACGAAUUGUUCGCUGGCUACUCGAGCAGCGUAAUCCGAGAGGAGGAUUUAAGUCCACACAAGACACUGUGGUGGCACUUCAAGCUCUAUCGGAAUAUGCCCAGUUGACUUUGUCUGACGGACGUGUUUCGGCAACAGUCCAACUUACAUUUAGUGGUCUAGACCAUGAGCUAAUUAUCGAUUCCUCAAAUGCCAUGCAAGUACAAACUGUCCAGGUUCCCGUUCUUCCUACUUCCAUCGAAGUGUCUGUUUGUGGUAGUGGCUGCUUGUUAGCCUCACUUGGUGUCAACUACAACGUACCCAAACCGGACGAGAUCGCGGCAUUCGACGUGUCUGCCGUUGCUACUGUUCAGAAGGGUUCAUGCAAAUACGUCGUCAGAGUCUGCAAUAGGUGGAUCCGUAAUGAGUCAGAUAGCUCCAACAUGGCGGUGACCGAAGUGACAUUCUUUUCCAGUUUUGCACCAGUGCAAAGCGAGUUGAAGCAGUUGGUGAAAGGAGGACGAUGUAUGAUCAAAAGAACAGACUUUAAAGGACGAGUUCUUAGCGUUUACUUUGAUGAGGUGACCCAAAGAAAGUGUUGCUUUGACGUAACGAUGAAGAGGAUUUCAGUGGUCGAAGACCUGCAAGGUGUUCCCGUCAUUACGUACAAUUACUACGAGCCCGACCAGAGGGGAGGAACUAUGCUCUACCCCCGACAAGAUUGCGAAUGACGCAUCAAAAAUUUACUUGACGUUCACUAGUUAAGUGACGUCGACUGGUUACGUACACACGUAUGUAGUAGAAAAGCGCAAGAAAUUGCUUUCCUAUAAGUUGUUAUAAUUGAGAAACGGCGAUAUGCAUACCUUUCUGUCCAAUUUGUAUCUUUGAAUUAUGUUACAUAUCAAUUCAUUUUGAUAUGCGUAGGUACUAAUCAUGCACGAGGUCUAAGGUACUUUUGGUUGAGUUAAUAGCAUUCAAAUAAUUUCUAAACAUUCCGAAAAG